AUGCGAGAAGACUUGGUGGCAGACCGAGGCAGCAUGGCUCGCCACUUGAGGCUGACAAGUCGGCAGGUCACCCUGGCCAAAGCACCGUACGUGGAAGAGGUGACCGGCUUCCCCGUCGGCACGAUUCCCCCCCUGGGGCAUAGGACACGCGUGCCGACUCUCGUAGAUGCGGAGCUCCUCAAGUACUCCACCAUCGUCGGUGGCGCGGGAUGCCCAGGCUUUGACUCGCGGAUAUCCGUGGAGGACCUCCUCAAGGCCACCGGGGCCUCCGUAAUCCCGCUGGCUAGGCCGCGAAGCCUAGGGUUGGCAAGCGCGACGGGCGGUGGGGGCGGUGGGCCCAUCGCGAAGGCGCCAAUGCUGAGCUGGUACUCGUCCACGGCAACGAUCCCGACGGGCGGGUUCCCGUCCAGCGCCGGCGACGCGGGGGGGUACGGGGGCGGGGGUGACGCGAACGGGGGUGCAUCUUUCCGUGGCAAUGGGUACCCACGGUAUGUUGCUGAGGAUGGCUAUGACGAGCAAGGGCGCCGGCAGGCUCGAGAGGACGACGUUUUUGAGCCCUCUGCGGCGGCAGCGGCGGCGGCUGCAGCCGAGCGCAUGGAGGGGGUGGACCUGGGCAUACACUCGGGGACCGAUAUCACGAGGAGGAGCAGUGGCGGCAGCAGUAACGGCGGUGGCUUGCUCGUUGGGGGGGGCGGGGGGGGGAGUGAUGCCCCGGGAGCGUCGGCUGGAGCGGGAGCGGCGGGUAAUCCGGAGGUUGAGGCCCGGCUCCGGGUCAUAUCGGCAGCGAUGCAUGCUGUUUCUUCGGCGUUGUCGGCCCUCUCUGCGCUUCCGGAAAGCGGCGGCGGCGGCGGCGGCGGCGGCGGCGGCGGCGGCGGCGGUUUACAGAGUGGUGUUACCACUAACAGCCACGGCGGAGGAAACCUUGAGGGGGCGGCGGCUUCCGCGGCCGUGUGUGAUGGUAGUACCUCAUUGGGCGACGGGGGCACCAUGGGUGUAGGCGACCCUCACGCCGACGACUGCGCGGGCCGAGCGCAAAGUCACAACGGUAGCGUGGCCAGUGCUAGCGCCGUCGCCAUGGCUGCCGCCUCGCCACCGGCACCCGGUGCCGGGGAUGGUGCCUCCGUCGCGGCCAAGAACGCCGGGCCACAGCACUCGGGAGUGGAGUCGGUGGUGGUAGACCAAGCGUCGCCGCAUAGCACCAAGGGCGAGGAAGGUAUGAGACAGGGAGCACCAGCGUCAGCGGCCAUCCCCGCCGGUGUAUCAGGGGCUGUGGCGGCGCCUGAAGUGGGAGGCGCCGGGGCGGCGGCGGCGGCGGCUGCGGUGUAUGGCCGGGAGCUGGCGCGGGCGGCGGGCACCCCAACGGUGGACGCCAUCGGCGGCGACGUGCACCUUGUGGCAACCGUAGCCGGGAAGCGGUCUCUCACGCGGCUGCUUCACUUCGUUGACCUGGUCCCUCCUGCAACCGAAGCGACUCCUGUGGCCAAUCAGACCUGCCUCGUGAGGAAGGCGUGGAUGGUGCCGGGGAUGACUCCCGACCGUCCCCCCACCCCAGUAAAGGUCCAGCUGAUUAUGGGCAAGACGCUCGUUGACCGGUUGGGGCAGCAGGAGGCGCUCGUGGCCAUGCGGGCGGUGAAGAGAGGACAGCUGUUAUACAUCACGGGGCGCCCGACGCCGGACACCCGCAAGCACCACCUCGACGGUGCCCCCGCCACCGACAACAACAACAACGGCGGCGCCAAGCUUGAGACGUACGACCUGGUGUGCUGCUCGGUGAGGAUGCUCGAAGACGCCCCCCUCGUGGAACCGGAGCUGGUGGGCAAGGGGGACGAGUGGACGGGCGGCGGCGACUACCUGGAGAUGGACCUCGAGGAGUCCGCCGUCGUGUACGUGGACUCGGCGAAGCGGCUCAAGGAGAUGGGCGAGUUUUUGCGGAAGACGCUGCUUGACGACCCCGCCAUUGAGGACGGUGGUAAGCCGCCUUCGGGUGGGAAUAGGCCUCAGCAGCCCGCCCUGGCGGUGGACUGCGAGUGGAGGCCUGCCAGAGUCGCCGGGACGCCGGCCAAUCCCGUGUGUCUGCUACAGCUGGCUGCGGGAGAAAGAACCUUCGUGGUGGACAUGUUGCACGUGUGCCGCCCGAAGAGCGCCGCUGCUGCGACCGACGCCGUGGAGGAAACGGCUUCGGGUUUGACGAAGAGGGAAGCCUUGCUCGAGGAGGCGCUAGGGGCCGUGCUUGGCUCGCCGGGGGUGGUUAAGGUUGGGCUCGGCCCUAAGGCGGACUUCCAGAGCCUGAUACGGUCGUACCCGCACAUGCCCUGCUUCCGGAGAGUGUGCGGAGUGGUCAACCUGUGCCACGUGGCCAGCAACGCCUCCUCACUCCGCGGAAAACCGGCGGAUGAGAAGGCUUCCCUCAGUCGCCUGUGCAACGUAGUCCUAGGCAAGCCCUUGGACAAGAGUGAACAAUGCUCUGACUGGGGCAACAGGCCCCUGUCCGGCAGGCAGAAGCGUUACGCCGCGCUGGACGCCCGGGCAACUCUUCUCGUACAUCGCGAACUUGCACCGGAGGUGCCGCCUGAGAGAAUGGAGUGCCUGUUCAACACCUUCGCGUACGACCACCGGGCUGACGGCAUGGUGUCCACCCAGACGCUGCCCUCCGCGCAAAGGUCUCCGGUAGCAAGGGGCGGCGCCACAAGACAGCAGGGGGGCGGGGGGUCUCGGGGGGGGCGCCGGAUGCGCAAGCUGAGGGCCGGUGGAUCUCGGCAGGAGCGGAUGCUGAGAAAGCAGCUGCUCGGGGUGACGAUGAUAAACGUGUCGGGGGUGCCACUGGACGUGGAAGGGUUGCGAGAUAACUGGCUAGGCCGGGCGUUGCCCGGCCUCACCAAGGAAGGGGCCGUCAGGGCUUGCAUCUUUCCACGGGGCGAGAUGCCCACCAGCGGCGAGCUGCCGACCGUCCUGCGCUUCGACCGGCACCAGAGCUUCGUCGAGUUCGGCAACGGUUACGCUCUCCUCAUGAACUGCGGCGGGCCGAUAGACCGCGAGCAUGCAAGUGGCUUCCUGGACGAGAGCGGCACGAUGGCGGCGUGGUACCUUGAGGGAAAGCUCUCCUCUGACGCUGCCUUCGUCGACAGCGAGGCCGCGGAGUACCAGCGGCAGCAGCAGGACUCUCUCCGCCAGGAGCGACAAGGGGCGACGGCAACAGCGACACCACCAUCCGGGGGCAGGGGGGUGGCCGAGAUUUUCACCGGCAGGGGGGCGCCUUCUUCAACGGGGACAGGGGACGCCGCCGACGGCGCGGGGGGCGGCGGCGACGCGAUCGGGAAGUUUCUCCAGAGGCUUGCGGACGCGUCGGGGACGCCUUCGUCGAUGUUGGGGGGCCUUCCGGAAGACGACCCCCCUGCCUUCUUGGAAACACCACCACGGGGGGUAGGGGCCCCCGCAGCUGGCAUAGGUGCCGGAGGCGAGGGCGCGGAUCAGGAGCAGCAGCAACACCCGCCGCACCUGGUGCUGUUCGCGAGGGUCAAGGGGCGCCCGUUCGUGUACUGCGGCGCGGUGGACUGCGUCGCGCAGGAGUACGUUUGGAGCGCGGGGUCUUCGCUCGGAAUGGUGCGGUUUACGCUGGCGCUGAGGGAGUGGCGCGAGGCUGCCACGGCGGUGGUGCCGGCAGAGACUUCCCGCCGAGAAGAGGGGGCACCGCGGAGAUCCAGUGUGGUGGGGGAGGUCGAUGCGGGUGUGUAUGGCGAGGGGAAUUCGUUUGCCGGGUUGGUUGAAGAGGGGUUCAGACGUUGAGGCCAGCACCGUAGCGGGGCUCUUGUCCUCCUUUGGGCGAGGCGUGAUGUGUCGCCGGCGGAUAGUGACGGUGUCGUUCCAUGAGCUUCCUUUUUUUUUGCCAGGAAAAGGGGCGCGAUAGAGAUGGUUGUCGCGAAAAGUGAUGGUGUUUGGCGAGGUGGGUGACGCGGUACUUGCUGCUGCGCGAUAAAC